AUGAAAUGGUUAUUGGACAUGGUCGAUAAGCAAGGAAAGGAGAAACUUUACUGCCCAAGUUGUGCACCCAUCGAACUAGACGAAUCGUGCAAUACAAAUACGAACAGCACUUGCAUUUUCGGAAAGCUUAAUGAUUUUGGAAAGCUUAAUGAUUUCGGAAAGCUUAAUGAUUUCGUAAAGAACAAAGGUCUAAAGAUAUUCCACCAAAAUGUAAACAGCUUAGUUAGGAAGAUCGAAAAACUGCGGCUAAUGCUGCAGGAAACAAGUAAACGUAUACAUAUUUUUGGCAUUACUGAAUCGCAUCUGAACAAAAACAUACAAGAUAGUGAGGUCGCUAUUAGCGGUUAUAAUUUUAUCAGGAAAGAUCAUAAGAAUGGUUGUGGUGGUGGGGUUGGUUGCUAUAUUAGAGAUGAUAUUAAGUGGAAAAGGAGAUCAGACUUAGAUAAACAAUCAGUCGAGGCGUUAUGGAUCGAAAUAUUUUUUCAAAAUUCCAACUCUAUCUUGUUAUGUAUAAUCUAUCGUCCUCCUGACUCGUCAAAAUACCUUGAUGCAAAUUUUGAGAAUAACUUUGAAGAGAUAAAUAGCUUAGCAACUGAAGAAAGAAAAGAAACUAUUGUCAUUGGGGACCUAAACUGCAAUUAUCUAAACAAUGGAGACCACAAAUCAAUAAAGC